UGCCGACUGGAUGAGAGAUGUACCGGCGCAUGUAGCUGCGGCGCCCCUCAAUGCGCUCGCUAUACCAGGAUCGCACGACAGCUACACGUACAACCUGACGAAGGAAUUCGCCGACAUUGAAGGUGCCCUUCAGACGAUCAUCGAAGCCUUCCCGGGCGACUUCGGCGUCAACGUCGCCUUGAACUACUCCGUCAUGCAGAACAUGACGGCGACGCAGCAGCUGACGGCCGGAAUCCGCUACUUCGACGUCAGGACGGCGACCAAGGAGAACGUCACCGACGACUGGUUCUUCUUUCACGGCUUCUACGGCAUCGCGGCGAAGGCGGUCAUGCAGGAGACGCGACAGUUUCUCGACGCGCACCGCGACGAGGUCGUCAUUCUGCACUUCCAGAACUUCUACCGCAUGGACGGCGCCGAACACGAGAAACUCAAACAGUUUCUACUCGCCACCUUCGAAGACAUCAUGGUCCCGUCGCCGCCCAAGCAGCGGCCGCUACCAGAGCUAACGCUGGAGUCGAUUCGGGCGAGCAAUCAACAAGUGAUCGUACUCUACCAGGGCGCAUCGAGGGUGGAACAGCAUCGGUUGUUUUGGAGCGCCACCGAGUGGCUGUACUCGCCCUGGCCGAACACCCCGCACGUUCUCGACAUGACGGACAAGCUGACGCAGUGGUACGACGCGCGCCCGGAUAACAAGUUCGCCGUGACGCAGGGCGUGUUGACCGCAGACGCGCAGACGAUGAUGGCUAAUACGGAUCGUGACCACGAGGUGGCGCUGACGAGCAACUGUAACCCGGUGCUCAGCAGCUGGGUGCGAGCGAGAGAGGCCGGUCUGCGAGGCAUCAACAUCGUCAUGAUGGACUUCCCCGAAAUCUCCGAUGUCGUAUCCACCGUUCUCGAAUUGAAUUACAGGGAAAAGUAGUGCAUUUUUUGCUUUUAUAAUUUCGCUUUUAUUCGCUUUAAUUAGCUAUAUAAUUUGCUUUUAUAAUUAUAUAAAAAUAACCGUCCGUUGCCAACCUUUUCACAAUGUGGCUGCGUGUCUGCGGUACGCUAGAUGUCGUCCUUAUGAGCGGUUGUUUAACUUAAUAAACCGUUUGACUUAAUAAACUGUGUUGUGCGAUAUCUCUAUUAAACGUAGACUGUAAGGAGAGGAUUUAACAGGCCAGAAGGUAGAGAGGAGCCUGAUAGCGAACGUAACACGGGUGUGAAAUAUAUGUAGAGUCGAGGCGUGUUUGUAUAGGUAGUAGGUUAGCAUAGUAGGUAUAGUAGGUUGUGGAGGUAGGGUGUUACGGGAUUUGAGGAUGGAACAGAGAUGACAGUAAAAAGCUUGAGAAAAUAGGAAACAAAGAGAUA